UUUUCAGCCCAGAAAAACUUUUCUCGCGUUUAGCUAAAAAUAUAUAAUAAUAUCUUCAGCAAAAUGAUGAACCUGUCGAGAGCCGUUGUCCGCAGCUUUGCCACCACCACGAGCCGCCGCUCCACCGCUGUCGGCAAGGAGCAGAUCGAGAAGGGAUACUUUGAGAUCCGCAAGGUUCAGGAGCACUUCCAGAAGAAGGAUGGCAAGCCCGUCUUCCUCAAGGGCUCCGCUGUCGACAGUGUGCUGUACCGCGUCACAGUGGCACUGGCUCUGGUUGGCAUUGGUGGCAUGACCAAGCUCUUCUACGACCUGAGCGUGCCCAAGACGGAAUAAUAGAGUGCUUGCAGCAUAUUCUACCUUUAAGCUAAGCCGCUAACCAACAGCAAAUCCGCAAUCCAGCCCCGUACCACAUUUGUUUUGCAGUGUAGUUGCCUUAUAUUUCCCCUUUUUUGAUUGUAGCUCAGCCCGCAAUACCUGGUCAAGAUAAAACUCCUACGCCCCAGAACGUUACUUUGUGUUAGAAUUAACUAAGUUUUGAUGUGUAACCGAACAUUCGCAAGAGCAUUUAAAGCGUGGAAAUAUAAGAGCCUGGCCGUAAAGUAAUCAAA